GCGCGGUGCUUCCGCUGCCGCCGGGGCGCGGGCCCGUUUCCGGCCCGCCGCGGGUGCGGGUUGGGCCGGCGGCGGGCGGGCGGGAGCGAGCGGCGGCCAUGGAUCUGUUCGGGGACCUGCCCGAGCCUGGCGCCGCUGCGGGGAAAGAUGCCCAAAAAGGGCCUUUGCUGUUCGAUGAUCUCCCACCAUCCAGCAGUGCUGACUCAGGAAAAGAAGGCUCUUUGCUCUUUGAUGGUCUCCCACCAGCCAGCAGUGGUGACCCAGCCUCCAGUGCUACUAAGCAAGUCUCAUCAGCAGAGAGCCAAGAGAAAGGACAGAAGAGAAAGUCCUUGGAGGAGGAGGAAGAGAAGAAUGGCAGGGAAGAACUUGUGGAAAAGAAAGUUUGUAAAGGAUCAGUGGGCAUUCUUGGACUGAAGGGUUAUGUGGCAGAGAGAAAAGGUGAGAGAGAAGACAUGCAGGAUGCACACGUCAUCCUAAACGACAUCACCGAGGAGUGCCGGCCUCUGCCCUCCCAAAUCACACGUGUCUCUUACUUCGCUGUCUUUGAUGGCCAUGGCGGAGUCCGAGCCUCCAAAUUUGCAGCACAGAAUCUGCACCAAAACCUGAUAAAGAAAUUUCCUAAAGGUGAGGUAGCCAGCGUGGAAAAAACUGUGAAGAGAUGCCUUUUGGACACCUUCAAACACACAGAUGAAGAGUUUCUAAAGCAGGCAUCCAGCCAGAAGCCAGCAUGGAAGGAUGGCUCCACAGCUACUUGUGUCUUAGCUGUUGACAAUAUUCUCUACAUAGCCAACCUCGGGGACAGCCGGGCGAUUCUGUGUCGUUACAAUGAGGAGGGUCAGAAGCACACAGCCCUGAGCCUCAGCAAGGAGCACAACCCCACCCAGUACGAGGAGCGGAUGCGGAUACAGAAAGCUGGGGGAAACGUCAGGGACGGGAGAGUGCUGGGAGUGCUGGAGGUUUCCCGCUCCAUUGGGGAUGGCCAGUACAAGCGCUGUGGUGUGAUCUCUGUGCCAGAUAUCAAACGCUGCCAGCUCACACACAAUGACAGGUUCAUUCUGAUAGCGUGUGAUGGCCUCUUUAAAGUCUUUACACCAGAAGAAGCUGUGAACUUCAUAGUGUCCUGCCUGGAGGAUAAGAAUAUCCAGAUGAGAGAAGGGAGGCUGGAGGCCGACGCUCGCUACGAGGCCGCGUGUAACCGGCUGGCCAGCAAGGCCGUGCAGCGCGGCUCGGCCGACAACGUCACCGUCAUGCUGGUCCGGAUAGAGCACUGAGGGACCUGCUGUGCUGCUGCCUGCAGGGAGGGGACAGCUCUGUGUGCAUGCAUGUGUGCCUGGGGGAGGCUGGCUCCUGCUGGGUGCUCUUCAGUGUAAAUAAAGAUGGGUUUUUUCUAA